GAGACAGUAUACGCUUCUUUCACCAUUACAAUUUAGCAAAAUGGGCAAGCUGACUGUAACUGCAGGUCUCUGUUUGGUCAUCGCCAGCUUGGUCUCCGUCUCAACCGCAUCCAAAGCCCAUUCCCCGAAGCUGGUGUGUCACUUUAACCUCGAUGCUAAAAAUAGAGCGCACUACGGCAGGUUCACGGUUUCAGAUAUCAAUCCGAACCUGUGUACCCACCUGAUCUUAGGCUCUGCUGACAUUGACAACCUAAAUCAUCUGGCCUACAACCAUCAAAAUGAAGAACAACACUAUUGGUCUUGUAAUGCACUCAAAGCCAGAAAUACAGAGCUCAAAACAAUGCUGGCGGUUGGUGGCUUGCCCUUUGACAACCUAAAAUUCAAUAGAAUGGUGGCAACACAAGCAAGCAGACAAGCGUUCAUCGACUCUGCUAUCAGACUACUGAGAUACUAUGGGUUUGAUGGGCUAAACAUUGACUGGAGGUACCCUGGAAGCACGUACAAGGAUAAAUUCACACUGCUGUGCAAGGAGCUCAAAGACGCCUUUGUGGCUGAGGGAUUAGGAACUUACCGUGACAGCUUAAUCGUCACUGCUAGUGUCUCUGCUGUGAAAGCAACCAUCGAUGAAAGUUAUGAAGUCACACAGAUUGCAGCGCAAUUGGAUUUCAUUAAUGUGAUGACAUAUGACUUUGCUCACUCCUCGGGAGCUGUCACAUUUCAUCACAGCGGCUUACACCAGGCAUCCCUACACAAUGGAGCCGAUAUAUACUUGAACGCUGCCUUUGCAAUGUCAUACUGGAGUACCCAGGGAGCACCUAAAUACAAGCUAAACUUGGGGAUUGCGGCAUUUGGGAAAACGUAUGAGCUCUCUGCACCCAGUCUUGGAGCAUCAGUUAAUGGUCCUGGUAAAGGAGGCUCAUACACCAGUAAAGCCGGAUUCUUGGCCUAUUAUGAGAUUUGCCAGUUUCUUCCUGGUGCUACAAUCCAGUUCAUUCCUGAUCAGAAAGUUCCAUAUGCCACUAAAGGAGAUCAGUGGGUUGGAUAUGACAACCAAAACAGCCUUACUUAUAAGGUCAAAUACAUUAAAGACAACGGCUUUGGAGGUGCCUUUCUCACGUCUUUGGACCUGGAUGACUUUAGUGGAUAUUUCUGUAAGCAUGGCAACUACCCCUUCACCAGCCACCUGCAUUCUCUCCUGAUUCCAGGUUUUCCUAACCUCUGUAUUGGUAAGGCAAAUGGGCUCUACUCCAACUCUCUUGAUCCAAGCACUUAUUUCAACUGUUGGGAAGGAGCAGGCCACAUCCAAAAAUGCCCAGCAGAUUUGGUCUUUACACAAUACAGUCAAAGCUGUGAACAUCCAACAACCACCUCCACUGAAAACCCCUGUUAUGGUAGGCUAUAUGGGCUCUACCCCCACCCUCAUUACCCACAUUGUUAUUACAACUGUGGUCAUGGAAUAGCCCACCUCCAAUGUUGCCCAGCAAAUUUGGUCUUUAAAAGUUCCUGUCAAUGCUGUGACUAUCACACAACCACCUACAAUGCAAACACCUGUUUUGGAAAGAACAAUGUACUCGUCCCUAACCCACAAGACCCAUAUUCUUAUUAUAAAUGUAUGACUGGAUAUGCCCACCUCCUAUAUUGCCCAUCAUAUUCAGUCUUUAAAACAUCUCUGUGUGUCUAUCCCACACCCAUUGCAAACCCCUGUCAUGGAAAGCCAAGUGGGCAACAGGACCCUGUAGUGGAAAGGGAAAUGGGCUCUACUACAACCCUUACGGCGCAAGCUAUUAUUACAACUGUUGGAAUGGACAUCACUACGCCCAAAAAUGCCCAGGAAACUUGGUCUUCACACAAUACCUUCAAAGCUGUGGACAUCCCACAACCACACCCCCUGCAAACCCCUGUCAUGGAAAGGCACAUGGGCUCUACCCCAACCCACAUGACCCACAUUGUUUUUACAACUGUGGUCAUGGAAUAG